ACAUCGACCCCUAGGUGGCGCAGUCGUAGUUUCUGAUGUUGAUGUUGAUCAGCUGAAUUUAAAUUUAGUGCAUUGGAAAAAUGGCGAAUUUGCGGUCACUCUGGUCUGCGGUACCGAAAUUUAAUUUUUUUGGAGUACGUACUAGUGUGCUCCAAGUGAGAUGUCAGUCAAAUUCACCGGCAUCUCCAGCUGCCGAGUCGAAGCCAUCACUAUUUCCACCCAAGUAUGAAUACCCAUCUCCAGUUCCUAAGCUGGGUAAGCCAGAAGGCCCAGCAGGAAUUUAUGAUAAUGAUAAAUGGGUGAAUGCAUGGAUGAAAAGAGAUGUAAAGAGACGUCGUGCUAAUAGAGAUUACGCUGAAACACGUGUUCGUUUGAUGGCACUCAAAAGAUGCACUAUUUUACCCAAAGAAAUUAGAGCGAUCGCCGACGAGCAAAUGCUAACCAAAGUCCCAAGAAUAUCUUCAGUACAUCAAUUAACCCAUAGAUGCGUUUUGACAUCCCGCGCCCGUGGUGUUAUUUUUCCUUGGAGGCUCUCAAGAUUCGUGUUUAGACAUAUGGCUGAUUAUAAUAAGAUCGCUGGUAUACAACGAGCUAUCUGGUAGACUUUAUAAUUAUUUAUACAAUAAAAAAAAUAUAUAGAUAUCAUAUAAA